AUGUUGGGGUGGUCUGAUGGCGAGCAGCAACUUCAAUCUCAGACCGGGGAGGGUAGCAACUCUCAGCAAAUUCUCUACAUCGACAAUGCUGUGGACCCACUAUUCGGAUUCCAUCAUCCUCAACAUGAUGAGACUGUUGAUCACUCGUUUAUGUCGCGGUCUGCGAGCCAGCCGACUCACAAUGAUGUGGACCCGAUAUCUGGAUUCCAUCAUCCUCAACACGAUGAGACUUUUGAUCGUUUUAUGUCACAGUUUGCGAGCCAGCAACCUAGUCUCGAUCAUCGCGAUGUAGUCGCAGGUUCACUGCAGGAUGACGGCCAUCACGGGCCACACACCCUAGUCCAUCCCAAACCGCGUUAUGCCAUUCCUCUAGAAUUUUAUGCUGCCUGGCCGACGUCCCCUCCACAUCUUUCUCACCCGCUUGCCGCGCAUGCGGAGAGCUCUUCCAUGCACCAACCCGAAAGCCAGGAAGACCCUGCGCCCGUUUCGAGUCACCAGACCACGUUAAUCGGGCCACCAAUAUUGGAUGGAGCCUUGUUCGACAAGUCCACAUCUUCGAGUCAGUUGGAUGUUGCCGUCGAAUCCUCUCAUUUCGACGAAGUCAGUCGGCACAAGACAAUCUCCCACAGCCGUAGCAAACCUAACAAGGCUCGCCGAAUCCUCAAGAACGCUAAACGUGUCGGUAUGGAGCGAUCUGAGUUUUACAGAAAAGUUGAAGCUGGUGCAUCCUCCACCACUGCCGAAGGCUCGUCCGGGACGUCUUCCAAAUCAGAUGUGAAGAUUGUCCCCGGAUCCGGCAUCAGAAAGUUGUUGGAGAUUCUUCGAGUAGGAAUGAGACUCUACAUCUUCAGGGUGUCAAUCUUACCCGCCACCGGUACACUUUCGAACGUAAUAGAUGCUGCGUGGAAAGAUGUGGCCGACAAUCAACUCAGCGGAGCUGACCAGGCCUGGGCUCGGCACAUGCUGACUGACAAGAAGUACGUCGACGAGAGGAUGGGCUCUGUGAUCGAUGAAGUAUCUCGGGAGAUGACGGCGGCAGCAAGAUUAUUCACCUAUCACUACUACAAAAUCGACUUUGACGACCUGACCAUGGUAGUGGAGAAGUUGGCCAUCAACACGCGCGUCAAACAAAUUCAAGGUCUAGUAGCAAACGACGUAUUCAUCUAUGGACAACUAUCUGUCAAUGGAGUUGACUUCGGCACCGUCGCGUUCGCAAGUGAAACCAUCAUUCGGAUGAUCCGAUACUUAUUACGCGACGGCCCACACCAGUACCACAGAUAUAUUUCACAAGCCAAUUAUGGACCAUUACUCGCAAUGACCGCUACGGUCUGCCGGUGGGCGUUGCAAGAACAUGAGACGGGUAGCUUUGUCGAAAGCCAGUUUUUGCCAGAAGAAAAUACGCAAUAUUAUUCUCGCUAUCAUGCUAUCUUCAAAGGUUUGGAUGCUAAAGCGGUUGCUGCUCUUAUCCUCGGACCAUCUUAUCUCGGAGCUGUCAACUUUUACAUUCAAUACGUUGUACUUGUGUCUCGUUGUACGAAUUCUUUAGGUUACGGUGCUAGGCGGAAGCCUUCAGGGACUCGUCGGGCCCAAGCAUCCCUGAAAGGGCCACCCUCCGGCACACAAAAGUUCGGCUCCCACUUCCAAAUCGCUACUAUGGAGCAAUCAUGUGAGACUCUCAUUUGGUCGGGUGGGCAAGUAAGUCUAUAUUGUGCCCAGGUCAUUCAAGCGCACUAUGUCUCCCGCCGGUCGUACUCGUCGCAGUUGUACUCAGAAGAUUGUUUUACAGAACACUGCUGUCGACUCGGAUUCUAUUCCGUCUACUCGCCGGCGCUGCUCGGCUCUCGUCUUCAGACUACUACAUAUCUCCUCGGUGCACGUCAAGAACUUCCCGAUGUUGAUGCGGAAGAGAUCAAUCGUAUUCGUGCUGUUCAGCCAUGGUAUUCGCAGGCCGAGUCAGAGCCAUCGGAAGGACAACUCACAGACCAGGAAAAAGUUCCCGUACACACUGACCAUUUCCCUCUCGAGAAAGUUGAAUUUAGGAUUCCUUUGAACACUGCGGAUAGGAACAAAUCUACAACAUACGUGGACCAUUUUUACGCCGAAUCGGACCUGAGUCCCAUGGAUAUAUUCGACUCGAUGAGGGCGGUGAUGGGUCUUCCAAAGACCUAUGAGCACUUAGGGUGGCGCCUGUCUACAGCUCGCCGGAUGGACCCGCCUCAUCGACUUUUAACGGCUCAAGAUCUCAACAGCGCCUUCAAAACCGCAAGGGCAGAGCAGUUGUCUGGACGGAAACAGAAGAGAAUUGCAAUUGAAAUCAUAAACACUAUGCCUGUGUUGAAAGAGAAGCCAACCAACUUGCCCAUAGAGCAUGUAUCGCCCUUUAAUCGUACACUUUCCGAACAAAAAGGUGACGGCCCUUUGAUGGCCCCUCAACCACUCAAGAGGACGUUUGCGAUGUAUAUGGAGAGUGACGAUGACGAAGAAACUGAUGACGAGCCGCCACAAGGCAUCGAUGAUAUCCUUACAAGCAUCCAUUCUCGUUUUCCUGCGAUGAACUUGCCGCAAUAUUCGAAGAUGCUGAAGGAGCAAGGCAUAUUUUACCUGCCCACCGCAACACACUUUAGUGGUAGGUUUUAUAUGGAAAAAGUUGGCAUGUCGGAGGGCGCAGCAUUUACGUUUCACACUGGUGUCUGUAAUGCGCAUAUGAAGUACGUGCGUGCGAAGGCGAGCAGAAAGGCCAAAAGGAAAGUACAAUCUGACAGCAAAGAUAAGGAAAAUAUUCAAGCUCUCGAGCAAGUAGUAACAAUGAUACUCAGCCAGUGCAUGCGUCGCCGUCUGUCACACUCGGAGCCUCUCUUGCACGCGCUCUCGACGCCUCUUCAAGUCGUAGCAUAA